AUGGGAAUACAAGAAAAAAUUGCUGAUUUGGAAUUUGAAUAUGCUCGUACACAGAAAAACAAGGCUACCGAGUAUCACCUGGGAACUAUUAAAGCUAAGCUAGCCAAGUUACGAGCAGAACUUUUGGAACCCUCCACACAAGGUCCAAAGGGCGAAGGUUUUGAAGUACUGAAAAGCGGUGAUGCGCGAGUUGCACUGAUUGGGUUCCCCUCAGUGGGGAAAUCUACUCUACUUAAUUCUCUAACAGAUACUGAAAGCCUUUGUGCUAAUUAUGAGUUUACCACCUUAACUUGUAUUCCGGGAGUAAUAAAGUACAAGGGCGCUGAAAUUCAGUUGCUUGACUUGCCUGGUAUUAUUGAAGGAGCCGCGCAAGGGGCCGGGCGGGGUAGACAAGUCAUCGCGGCAGCGAGAACGGCCGACUUGAUACUAAUGGUUUUGGACGCCAGCAGAUUUGAAGAACAAAAAGAUAAAAUUACUCAAGAGUUGAGCUCGAUGGGAAUUCGCCUUAAUAGAGUUCCUCCAAAUAUCAGUUUUACGUUAAGAUCUUCUGGCGGAAUUAACUUUUCCUCUACAGUAAAGUUGACUAUGAUAGACGAAAAGCUUGUAGAGCGAGUUCUGAAGGAAUACAAAAUUUAUAACGCGGACGUUAUUUUUCGUGAAGACGCCUCUGUUGACGACUUUAUUGAUGUUGUGCUUGGCAAGCGAAAGUACUUGCACUGUCUUUAUUGCUACAACAAGAUCGACUGUUUGACUAUCGAGGAGAUCGACGCUUUAGCUCGCCGUCCUUUUUCCAUCGUAAUUAGUUGUAGUUGGGGUCUCAACCUCGAUCGUUUAGUAGAAAAGAUUUGGCAAAGUCUUAAGCUUAUUAAGAUAUAUACGAAAAAAAGAGUAGGAGAAUUUCCGGACCUCAAGAAUGGUUUCGUGCUUCGAACUGGAUCUACAGUGGCGACUGUCUGUAGCAAAAUACACAGGAACUUGGUGUCCAGCUUCAGUUACGCUUUAGUUUGGGGCACGUCCACAAAGUUCUCGCCUCAACGCGUCGGGCUCCACCACGUGCUACACCCCGACGACGUCGUACAGAUAGUGAAAAAAGCGUGACUCCCUCAUGACUCCCUCUUACUUAGACAAAAAUAUAUAUAUAUUUU